AUGGCCAAGAUCGGCUUCACAUACGCCCAACCAUUUCUGAUCAGCCGUGUUAUCAGUUUUGUCGAAGCCCCGGCUUCAGAACAACACCGCAGCCAUGCCCUGGGACUGGUGGGGGCUGCUUUCCUAGUCUAUCUCAGUAUUGCCACAUUGCAGAUGCGUGACUCGUACGAUGAAUCGGCCGCGCUUACGCUCAUGAGCACGGACAUCGAUCGUGUCACUGUGGGCUUACAAAAUCUCCAUGAGGUAUGGGCGCGCAUUGUGGAAAUUGCAAUCGGCAUGUGGCUGCUGGUUGAGCAAUUGGGCGCGGUGGCCGUGGUGCCCAUUGGAUUGAUCGUCUUAUGCACCUUUGCCAACUCGCAACUUUCCAAAUUAAUUGUCGGAAGGCAAAAGGUCUGGAACGCGGCUGUGCAGAAACGCAUUGCCGUCACGGCAUCUAUGCUGGGUUCGAUGAAGAGCAUGAAGAUCAUGGGCGUGACUGAGGCGGUGGAGAGCAGCGUGCAGCAGUACCGCCGCAAGGAAAUCCAGUCCGCCAUGGGAUUUCGCUGGCUGUCAUUGUGGACGAACACCAUUGCUUCUGCCCCGUUGAUAUUUGCCCCAGUCCUGACGUUCGUGGUGUUUGUAGCACAAGCCACUGCUCGCGGCACCGAUAGCCUGUCCACGAACCAGGCUUUUAGGUCUCUCUCCAUUAUAACCUUGGUCACCCAACCCGCCUCCCUCCUUAUGUUUGCGAUUAAUGAGUCUGCAGCCAUGAAAGGCUGCUUUGAUCGACUCCAGAAAUUUCUUCGUGCUCCAGCAGGUUCGGAUAGUCGGACCGGAGUCACUGGACUCGGUGGUUCUCACAGUGGUGACUCGGGGUCAGAGGUGAGCCCCAGCCAUCCCAACGGUAAGACAAUGCGUGAGGGAGAUGAGAAAGGGGCAGAGGCUAGCAUCCAUUUGACCCUCAUCACCGUUGGGGUCCAGCAAGCGACGAUCCGGCCUGCACCAACCGUCGACCCAGCUCUAAAUCAGGUAUCCAUGGACUGUCCAGACGGCUCCCUCACGCUGGUGGUGGGACCCGUCGGCUGUGGAAAAUCGACACUACUCCGAGCGGUCUUAGGAGAACUACCCUGCGACGCAGGCACCAUUUCCGUCUCCACAAAAGACAUUGCCUUUUGUGCUCAGAGCCCCUGGUUGCCCAAUGGUACCAUUAAAGAUGUUAUCUGCGGGUUCUGCGACGAGGAAAAAAUUGAUCAUGUAUGGUUUCAGACUACCAUCCAUGCCUGUGCUCUGGAGGAAGACCUGUCGCAUCUCCCUCAGGCCGAACAGACUGUAGUUGGGAGCCGAGGAGUAACCCUUAGUGGCGGUCAAAAGCAGAGAGUGGCGCUUGCUCGAGCGGUCUACGCUAGACGCGGUAUUAUUUUACUGGAUGAUGUUCUGAGCGCCCUGGAUCAGAAGACCGAAGCACUGGUCGUAAACCGCUUAUUCAGUGAGCAAGGAUUAUUUCGGCGGUUACAGACUACCAUCCUCCUGGUGACUCACUCCGUCCGCCAUCUCAACAUCGCCGACCAGGUCAUCGUCCUAAGUCGGGAGGGAAAGCUCCGAGAGAUUUUGAGGGGCCAGGACAUCCAGAAAAGCAAAACAGGCAUAGCGACCUACGGCUAUGAGGGGGUCCUCGGUGCGGAGGACGUUGCCGGUGCACCCCAGCCAUCCUCCAAACCACGGCCAGCAAUCAAGGCACCGCGACCGGAUGACGCAGAUCUGACACGCCAGACUGGUGACAUGGCAGUCUAUGCGUACUACUUUCGAUCUUUUGGCUGGCUUCGGACAUUUGGCUUCGUAGCUUCUACCGCGUUGUUUGCCUUUGCAACCGCCUUCCAGCAGAUCUGGCUUCAAUGGUGGACAAACGUGAACGGAGGUUCUAUUGAAAAAUAUAUGGGUGUCUAUGUUGUCCUGGCUGUUGCCGCUAUGUUUUUCCGCUGUCUAACCUUCUGGUGGGCUCUGAUCUGGAUGUCGCCAAUCUCCUCUCUCAAUCUUCAUCGAAUCCUUCUACGGGUUGCUGUUGGCGCGCCUUUAUCUUUCUUUGCAAAAACCGAUAGUGGUGUAAUAUUGAACCAGUUCAGCCAGGACAUCGGUUUGAUUGACCGGGUAUUGCCUCUUUGCCUGAUUCGCGUGGUUGUCCAGAUUUUCCAAAUCCUUUCCCAGACAGCACUUAUCGCUAUGGGCUCAACUUAUAUGUCCGUUUGUAUUCCAAUCUGUGCCGUCACCGUGUACUGGUUGCAGCGGUUCUACCUCCGAACGUCGCGCCAACUGCGAUUUCUCGAUCUUGAGUCCCGGAGCCUGCUGUACAGUCAUUUUCUGGAGACCCUAGAGGGCCUGGCCACACUUCGUGCAUUUGGCUGGCAGGAGAAAUUUCAGGAGACCAACACCAAGCUUCUGGACACCACCCAGAGGCCCUUCUACUUGAUGUACUGCAUCCAAUGCUGGCUCAACCUUGUUCUCGAUCUCCUCGUUGCGGCAGUUGGGGUUGUAGUCAUUGCCCUGGCGGUCUUACUGCCGCAUAUGACCAGUGCGGGCACUAUCGGCCUGGCACUGAAUAAUGUUCUCGGAUUCAACCAAGCUCUGGCUGUCUUGAUUGACAGCUGGACACAGUUAGAGACCUCGCUGAGGGCGAUUGCGAGACUGAAAAAUUUGGAGCAGACUGUCAAACCUGAGUAUCAGGAAGGGGAAGAUAUUAUUUACCCGGAAACAUGGCCGGAGCAUGGUGCCAUUGAACUGAAGGAUAUUUCGGCUUCUUACGGCCCCUCCAUUCCAGCUCUGGAAAAGAUCUCCAUGUCUGUACUGCCUGGCCAAAAAGUAGGCAUUUGUGGGCGGACCGGAAGCGGCAAGAGCUCACUUCUGUUAUCCUUACUCCGACUAUUGGACCUUGACAGUGGAAGUAUCGGGGUUGACGGAUACGACCUGCAAACCCUGCCACGGGAGCUGGUACGCAGUCGUAUCGUUGCCAUCCCCCAAGAGCCUUUCUUCUUGAGCGAAUCUGUUCGGAUCAACGUCGACCCCAGCCAAAGGUUGCCCGACGAAGCCAUUAUCAAUGCUCUCAAGAAAACGAAGGGGGAGCAGCAGUUGUUCUGUCUGGCUCGCACGAUGCUACGCUCGGGGAAGAUUUUGAUCCUCGACGAAGCAACAAGCAAUGUCGACGCCGAGACGGAUCAGGUCAUGCAAGGGAUCAUUCGGGACGAGUUUCAGGACUACACGACCCUUACCGUUGCUCAUCGAUUGGAUACGAUUAUGGAUUCGGACAUGGUUGCGGUGUUGGACCAGGGGAGAUUGACCGAGUAUGGGCCUCCUCAGGAUUUGCUGGCUCAACCGUCCAUGUUUGCGGACCUAGUGGGUAGGUCCAGCGUUGAGAGCACGGUCACUACCCCGGCGUCGGGCUGA